AAUUUCCAAUAUUGUCUGCAAACGUUAUCUGGUUCACUUCCAGGAAUCGGAUUUUAGGGUUUUAGAGAUCUGAGAAUUUGCAAGCUCUGCCAUUUUUUUUUCCCUUUCGAGCUUUGUAAUUAAACAAAGUCGUUCCAUCUGGUGUGGAAUUAUAGAAAUUUUGCUUCUCCAAUCUAUUUAGGGUCUAGUUUUCAGCUAAAAUUUCUUAGCGAAACCCUCUCUUCGAGAGCAAUUUCCAUUUUAUUGAGGAAAAAAUGGCUUCAACAGGGCAGCCACCGUCACUUAAAAGAAGAGAUGCGCCAUUAACAAAAGAAGGAGAUCAGCUUACUAUUACCCCUUUAGGCGCUGGCAAUGAAGUUGGUCGUUCUUGCGUUUACAUGACUUACAAAAGCAAAACUGUACUGUUUGAUUGUGGAAUUCAUCCUGCUUACUCGGGUAUGGCUGCCUUGCCGUAUUUCGAUGAGAUUGAUCCUUCAACUAUUGAUGUCCUUCUUAUUACCCACUUUCACUUGGAUCAUGCUGCCUCCCUACCUUAUUUUCUAGAGAAGACCACAUUCAGAGGUCGAGUUUUUAUGACUCAUGCAACAAAAGCUAUCUAUAAGCUCCUUUUGACUGAUUAUGUAAAAGUGAGCAAAGUUUCGGUUGAAGACAUGUUAUUUGAUGAACAAGACAUUGGUCGCUCCAUGGAUAAAAUUGAGGUUAUUGAUUUCCACCAAACCGUGGAAGUAAAUGGCAUUAAGUUCUGGUGCUAUACUGCUGGGCAUGUUCUUGGUGCUGCUAUGUUCAUGGUUGACAUUGCCGGUGUUCGAGUCCUCUACACUGGAGACUAUUCUCGUGAAGAAGAUCGUCAUCUCCGUGCUGCUGAGCUGCCACAGUUCUCUCCUGAUAUAUGUGUGAUUGAAUCCACUUAUGGUGUCCAGCUUCAUCAACCACGACACAUUCGGGAGAAGCGGUUUACUGAUGUUAUCCAUUCUACUGUUUCUCAAGGUGGUCGUGUUCUAAUUCCAGCGUUUGCCCUUGGUCGUGCCCAGGAACUUCUGUUGAUCCUUGAUGAGUAUUGGUCUAGCCACCCUGAGCUUCAUAACGUUCCAAUAUAUUAUGCUUCCCCACUUGCAAAAAAGUGUAUGGCUGUUUAUCAAACAUACAUACUUUCCAUGAAUGAGAGAAUCCGUACCCAGUUUGCGAACUCAAACCCCUUCAAGUUCAAGCACAUUUCUCCAUUAAAUAGCAUUGAGGAAUUUAGUGAUGUAGGUCCAUCUGUUGUAAUGGCAAGUCCAGGUAGUCUUCAGAGCGGGCUGUCACGCCAACUCUUUGACAAGUGGUGUUCUGAGAAGAAAAAUUCUUGUGUUAUUCCUGGUUAUGUCGUUGAAGGGACUCCUGCAAAAACGAUUAUUAAUGAACCGAAGGAAGUGACUCUCAUGAAUGGUCUCAUGGCUCCUUUGAACAUGCAGGUUCAUUACAUUUCAUUCUCGGCCCAUGCAGACUAUGCACAAACGAGUACAUUCUUGAAAGAGCUCAUGCCUCCCAACAUAAUUCUUGUUCACGGAGAAGCAAACGAGAUGGGAAGGCUUAAACAGAAGCUUAUCACUGAGUUCACUGAUGGCAACACCAAAAUCAUUACCCCUAAGAAUUGUCAGUCUGUUGAGAUGUAUUUUAGCUCCGAGAAAAUGGCUAAAACAAUCGGAAGGUUGGCUGAAAAGACCCCAGACGUAGGUGAAACUGUUAGUGGUGUUCUGGUAAAGAAAGGUUUCACAUAUCAGAUAAUGGCUCCCGAUGAUCUCCACAUCUUCUCACAGCUUUCAACCGCAAACAUCACUCAGAGGAUCACUAUCCCAUUCACUGGCGCCUUUGGUGUGAUAAAGCAUCGACUCGAGCAGAUAUACGAGAGUGUGGAAUCUUCAACAGAUGAAGAGUCUGGGGUUCCAACAUUGCGAGUGCAUGAUAGUGUGACUGUGAAGCAGGAUUCAGAUAGGCACAUCUCAUUGCAUUGGACAUCGGAUCCCAUAAGUGACAUGGUGUCAGAUUCCAUCGUGGCAUUGGUUUUGAACAUCAGCCGGGAGAUCCCUAAGGUAGUAGUGGAAUCUGAGGCCAUAAAAACGGAAGAAGAAAACGGGAAGAAGGCGGAAAAGGUUAUUCAUGCACUCCUGGUUUCACUGUUUGGGGAUGUGAAAUUAGGAGAAAAUGGAAAGCUUAUGGUAAGCGUUGAUGGGAAUGUGGCUCAUCUUGAUAAACAGAGUGGGGAUGUUGAGAGUGAAAAUGAAGGUCUAAAGGAGAGAGUAAAAACAGCUUUUCGACGAAUUCAAAGUGCAGUAAAACCAAUCCCUCUCUCAUCAUCAUAGUUCCUUUUCCCCCUGUUUUACUUAUUCUUCUUUUAAAUGUGCUCGACUUUGAGGAUGAAUUUUGGAUUUGCCAAUUGCAUGAUGAAGUUAUGUUGGUUGCUUAUUACCAAGCAGUAA